AGAGUUGUCAACCUUAACGAGCUGUUAGCUAAUGUGUAAUGGUUUUGGUGCCAUUAUCCAUCCCCACGUAUAAGGUGCUUUCCUUGUCAAUAUAACUAAGGAAAACAAGGAGAAAAUGCUCCAGAUCCCAAUUAUCCAUGACAGGAUUUAUCUGUCUCUUAAUUGCUGCAGUCUAGACUCGCAUUCAGACAAAUUCACAGAAAGGGGGGCCCCAGUUACUACUUUAGACUCAUCCAGAGCUGACCAGUUCUGUAGUUACGUGCAGUCCUCAUCUGUCUCCGCUACCUCUGAGGUCUUGGGACACUCAUCAGAAGUUAAUUCAUAGCUUAACACACUGCUGUUGAUGUCUAGGCACAUUCGUAAGCAUUCACAGCAGACAGCUUUCCUGCCAUUGAUAGGCUGUAACUGAUUUUGGGAAGCAUUGGAUGCUAAGGAGUCUUGUCUGGAAUUCCUGAUGGUUUGAGCUCCUUCUAGUUCGACAAACUGCUACACAUUGAGAAGACGUGAAGAAUUACAGAAGGGUCCCAUCGGAAAGCUGAUUGAAUAACAUGAGCUGGAGUUUUCUAACACGUCUUCUAGAGGAAAUCCACAACCAUUCCACGUUUGUUGGUAAACUGUGGCUGACUGUUCUCAUUAUAUUCCGCAUUGUGCUAACAGUCGUCGGAGGGGAAUCUAUUUACUAUGAUGAGCAGACCAAGUUUGUUUGCAAUACAAGACAGCCAGGCUGUGAGAAUGUUUGCUACGAUGCCUUUGCUCCAUUAUCCCACGUAAGGUUUUGGGUGUUCCAGAUAAUAUUGAUUGCCACCCCAUCUAUUGUAUACCUGGGCUACGCCGUCCACAAAAUUGCAGCAACGGAAGAUCAUGAAUACGGACAGCAGAAGACGAGGAAACACCAGUAUGCAGUGCAGUGGAAGCAGCAUCGUGCUUUGGAAGAGGCUGAAGAUGAUAAUGUCGAGGACCCCAUUCUGUAUCCAGAGAUAGAACUACAUAGCGAUAAGGAGAACCAAGAUCAAAAGAGCCUGACCAAGCACGAUGGGAGGCGUCGCAUUAAAAGAGAUGGCCUGAUGAAAAUUUAUGUUGUGCAGUUGCUUACAAGGACUGUCAUUGAGCUGAGUUUUCUUGUGGGCCAGUACAUUUUAUACGGCUUUGAGGUGGUUGCAAGAUAUCAGUGUGAAAGGGAUCCGUGCCCUCAUCGGGUAGACUGCUUUGUAUCUAGGCCAACAGAAAAGACCAUUUUUCUUCUAAUAAUGUAUGGGGUAAGCUGUCUUUGUUUAGUCAUAGACAUCUGGGAGUUGAUGCAUUUGGGAUUUGGAAUGAUAAGGGAUGUACUACGAAACAGGCAAAACUCCAUGACAGAGGCUAGUUAUAGUUACCCCUACACAUGGAACACUCCAUCAGCUCCCCCUGGUUACAACAUUGCAGUCAAACCAGAUCAGGUUCCAUACACGGAACUUUCGAAUGCUAAGAUGGCUUACAAACAAAACAAGGCAAAUGUUGCUCAAGAGCAACAAUAUGGGAGUAAUGAUGAAAACAUCCCAGCCAACUUGGAAAGUGUGCAGCAGCAGCUGAAAAUGGCCCAGGAGCAACUGGACCUGGCUUUCCAGGCCUAUAAUGAGCACAACAACCCCUCGAACCAUCCCAGAGACAAGAAGAAGGCAGGAUCAAACAAGAGCAGCAUAAGCAGCAAAUCUGGAGAUGGGAAAACCUCCGUGUGGAUUUGAUAACUAUUUUGUUGCUCAGCUAGUUUCAGUUGCAUAUAGACUCGCAGAUGGCUUAAUACAAAUGAACCAUUACGAACUUAAUACAAAUAGCCAUUACGAAUGGAUAGUUCAAACUAUUCAAUUUAGUUAUAUUAAAUAGCCGCCUGAGACCCACUUCAGGUCAUGACCAAAAUGUAUUUUCUACUCCAGUACUGUUUUAUUUUGGUUCCGUCUAUGGAGGCCUAGAUUGGAACUUGCUGCAGAUUUAAGUUUUUUGUUUUGAAGAACUCUACUCGCUCUCGAGGUGACUUUUGUUAGGUAGACUUUGGCGAGAUAAUUGCCACUAUUGGAUUUGAUGAGUUUAUUCCUUCCAGUUACCAUACAGCCAAGUUGGAUAAAAGUAUUUCAGAAAUGGAAUGCAGCUCUCACUAUUCUAUAUAUACAAAAAAGUGCCUUUUUUUUUUAAGAAAGAGGACAGGAACAAACAUGAGCAACAGGCCAGUUGUAGUCAUACUCUGUGUUGCAUGGUCAGUAAAUCAAGGCUUAUAUUUGAAUAAUUUUGUGCAAAAGGUUGAAUUUGAGCAAGUAAUUUUUUUCUCCCAGAUGUUCAUGGUAACAGUGCUUCUAGUAUCUUUUUUAUGUUGAUACUUGCACACAACAUUUAAGGAUGAUGGUUUAUCAAGAUCACAGACUGACUUCAAAUAAGAGAAGACACCUUCCACAACACUGAGGGGUGGCUAUCUGUUUAGAUCAUUCCCAGUUUUCUCAAAAUAAUUAAGUUAGAUUUGAUUACAAUAGAUCUUCCUUGAUAUAGUAAAAAUUAAUAUAGGUGCAGAAUCUAUUUUGACACUUUGUUACUACAGUGUAAAAACUAGAAAUUUUUGAUCAUUGAGAUGUCAUAGCAGCAUACCUUCAGUUGCAAGAGAAUCCACUGUCACACUGUCCAAGACUUGAUCUCUAAUCAUGAUCUUAUUCAGUAAAUGAUUUAAUGAGCACCCUUUUAUUAUGAGAAGGAAGGUAAGCAAUUAGCAUAGAAAAUAUUAAUAUCAAAUAGGAUAAGAUUUCAAAUUGGCACUUAACAAAGAUUGUUCAAAUUAAAUAUUCUGUAUAUGAGAGACAGAUCAGUGAUACUAAACGAUCUUUAGCAUAGGAAAUGCAGCUUCUUAUUUUUCAUCUCCAGCCUGAAGAUCUCGAGUUUAUUUUGAGUUGUGUGUGUCUGAAGUGGAAGAGCAUGUUUCUCGGACAUAUUGUGAUAAAUUUUGGUAGAAGGUUCAACAUGCUACUACUAAAACUAUUUUGAUGUGCUUCUGAACAAGAUACUUCUGCUGAAGAAUGAUUCAUUGCACUAAGUGCAAGACUUUCCAACACCACUUUUCUCUUCUUUCCCCAAUUAGCGACCCAAAGUAAACGUUAAACGAUAAGUUGUUGAGCUUCCUCAAUAUUUCGUUGUCUAUAUGUUUCAAAAGGAAGCCAUCGCAUUUACUUUGGUGACUCAACAUUUUUAUUUAAGUUAAUGUACCAAAGCUCAUAAAAUGGAAAGGUUAUGGUUAAUGUCAUUCAUUAUGUAAAGGGCAGAGUCCUUAAUGCCAAUAUUGAACGUAUUUUAUUGUUUGAAAACAUAUGUUUACACUUUUUGUUAUUGAUCACGGUUAAGUAGUAUACAUACCAUAGGGCGAAUUUGGAAUUGAAGAUUAGCAUUAAGGUUAAUGCUUCAAUUAUAAGGGAAGGAACCUUAGCUUGUCUUGGGUUUUAAGUCAUCUAUAUAGCCUUUUUUGAUGGCCCACCUUGAUAUUUUUAAGACUAGAUUGCCAAAUUAAAAUCCACUGUCUUCAAAUAUUGUUUCAGAAACACCCAACUCUGACUUCCAAGGCACCAAAUGUACUUUUCUAGUGUUUCUGCCCUGGAACAAAUUGUAACAUCUGAAGGAUGCCUUUGCCUUUGAUUUCAGUCCAUUGCAGAUAACCUUGUGCUUAGCUAAGUGUAUCUGUAGGUCAAAAUGAUAGAGAAAAUACUAGAAAAUCACCGAGGAACUUUUCAGUUUGUCCUAUCUUUUCACUUUGAAAGAGUUUCAUAUAUACUUUCCCAGCCAAAAUAUUAUUAGUUUCAGGGAGUAUUUGUUCCAGCUAUUUGCAGCACUCUGUCAACAGAUUGAUAUGUAUUUUUGUCAUGGAUCUAGAGGUCACUUCUGAUAGGUUGAAAGUGCCAUCAUGACUUCAUGUUGAAGCUGUGUCCUCAAGAUGGACCUCGCCUUUUUAGCUAAAAGGGAAUAUAGUUAGAUAAAGCAUUCAGUAUUUUUCAGAAUAUUGGACUAUGUAAAAUAUGCCUACUUUUAUGUAAAUGUUUUUGAAUUUAGCUACACUGCACUUCUUUAGUGAAGUGGUAGGAUUGCCAAAUGGAAAACUGUUUCUAAUUUUAGUGAUUCAUUGAGAGACUUUAUGAAAAAUUUUAUGUCGCCAUAUGAAAUGAAAACAAGGUGCCUUUUUUAUUUUGCUGUUACCGACUUUUUAAAAAAAAAACUACUUCAUGCUACAUUCCAAACUCUGUAAAAGGCAUAUUUUGUCUCACACUGAUAUUGUGCAUAUAUGGAGCCAGGUCUUCAGAUUGUUCUUCGGUUGUCUAAGGAAAUGUAACUUGUCAUUGCAUCAUCUAUGCAACUUAUCCUAGUUUUAUAUAAUAGAGUUGGCUGUUUUUUUUUAAAAAAAAGUCUGCAUAUUUGAAAAAAAUAAUUUUGUUUGAAAGCCUGUCUGUUUUCUGCAUGUUUCAAAAGUACUUCAGAAUUGUAACUACAAAUAGAAGUUUUGUUCUAAA